CAUCGACGGAAAAGCCGUACUGCUAGCGGCAACAAAAGCGACGUCUGAGUAACACGCUACAACCGAGCCGCACUCAUAGGAAGAAUUCUACAGCCAUCUACAAAUCGGGGUAAUUGAAGGGGAAUAACAGCGACGUUUUUCCACGACGCAAGGCGGGUGAAAGCGCCGCAACAACUCACAAUGGCUGCAGAAGUCCUUCUGCGACCUGACAUGGACGAAGCUAUCUCGCCCCGGCAGCCGGCACCGCCGUCACUCGAACGAAGCCUUCGGCCGGGGGGUCCCGUCAACAACCCCCUCAACCAUCUCGACCUCCGCGCCGACCCCGAUGCACAGGCCACCGUUUCCGACUUCCUCGACUUUACCGAAUACCUCCCAGCCGACAUUGCACGUGCCCUGACCCUAGUUGGUGACCUCGACCACACGUACGUCGAUGAGUCGACCAAACUCCACGAUCUCACCGCUGCCUGGGGCCUCGAGAAGAGUGGCGCCGCCGAGCUGCGCGUCGAGCUCGCCGAUGAUGUUUGCCACUCCGUGAAUCAGCGCGCAUUUGCCUUGGCCGAGUCUCAGCGCAUGAUCGAAAACGUCAACCGCCACCAUGUGCGUGCUAAAACCAUCCGUGGAAAGCUGGAGACGAUGCGUGAAAACUACCCCGGCCCCGAGGAGCAGAAGAGCCCCGUCACAGCCAAGUCCCCGAAGAUGUUACGGGCGGCAAAGGCGGCCGCCAUUCGCGGAGACGGGCAAAAGGUGCGCAGGCCGCGAGUGCCACGAAUCACCGUCCCGGGAGAGGUCCUCGCCCCUUACGACUUGACCUACGACGCGUAUACGACAGGCACGGAUAGCAGCUCUGGGGAGGAACAGGCGGAUGAGGAAGGACUGUCAAAUAGGCCCACCCCAGCUCCGCAUACACGAAUCAAGGUAGUCAAGCCGAGGACUCCUAAGCCAGGCAGGCCACCUCGGUCUAGAUCUUCUGUGCCACCGCCCAACUUGCCGGGUCCCGGACUGUCGACAAGCGGCGCCAUGACUCAACUAGCACCCCCUCCGGAGAAUGCCAUCAUUGGCGGCCCUGACGCGCCUUGGGGCCAGCUCACGGCAUACGAACUUGCUCGGCUUAGGAAACGGAUGAAGAAGAAUGCUGCUUGGGCCCCUAGUGAUACCAUGGUUGCACGAGAGCUGAACGCACUGGGCAGAGGAAUGGACGCCUUCAGAGCUGCGAAGAAGAAGGCUGAGGAAGAAGGCCGGCCUUUUGAAGGCACCAUGCCCACGCCCUCUGUCGAUCCUGAUACGGGCGAAAGAAGGAUGCCGCCUGGGGCUCUGACCUUGGAGACGUCGGACGAAAAGAGUCUGAGUAACCGCGGGAUGAAGCUGAAUGAGGCCAAAAAGCUCAAGAGGGAGAUGUUGGCUAAGAUGGCUGCCGAAGAGGCCGAAGAGUCAGCUAGGAGAUUUGACGCCAUCGCCAGAACACUCAUGUCUGACGCGAACCAAGGCAACGUCCAGGACCAACCCAAGGCAGCCGGCAAAGCGAAGGCCCAAAGGAAGCGCAAAAGAGACUCGGCCCCGGAGGCCGAGGCCGAGAAGAUGGAGACGGCAGAGGGCCAGGCUCAGCGGCCGCAGCUCAAGCGCACAAAAACGGAGACUCCGGUGCCUCCCCCGGUGCUCACGCCGGGCGGUUCACAAAUGCCUCUCGAGACUCUAACGCAGCCUCUCCAGCGUAACUCGACAGGGGGAACGCUUCAUUCCACGACGCCAAUUCCGCUGCCAAUCCAGGGCCAGGAGCAGUCCAUCACCGCGAAGUCCGCAACACCCGCUGCGUCGGCAACCUCUCCGGCGAGCAGCUACGCAGGCCAAACCGGUGGUAUUCUACCGCCCGUCAAGCUCCCAACAACUGAAACACCGAUCCCGCCUCCGGUGAUCUCCCCAAAGAAAUCCAUGACCCCCAUUCUUCCACCUACCUUAGACACUCGCAAGACACAAGCAGCUCGCCAGGAACAGCAACAACUGGAAGCCCGGACCGCCCAAGCCUUCCCUAGCCUCUCCCGCUCCGCGAGCCCAUCAACUGCCACCAAACCCGACCCCGGUGCCACACCAACAGCAACCACAACAGUAACCCGCCGGCCCGCAUCCCGCGGCAAGGCCACGAGCCAAGAACCGCAGCCCUCCCUGGCCGCAGACCGUCACCGGCGCGCUAGCACCGCCCGGAACACGCCCGCGCCGGAGCAAACCGUGACCACCUCCACCAACACACCCGCAUCCGGCGGCGCAGCAGCAGCGUCCGCCGCCGCCGCCGGGCGCAACUCCGCAGGCAAGCGCGCGAAGCGGCCCGCCCCAGGCGUCAUCAGCCGGACCAACAGCGGCGGUAACAGCGCCGUAGGCAAGCGCAAGGCGGCGCCGCGCAAGAAGACGAGCUCUGCCGCGGCGGCAAGGAAGAGCAAGGCUGCGACCACCGCCGCCGAUAUGCAGGAGGUCGAGGUUGAUGACGAGGGCAAUAUCAUUGACCCGCUCGAGGCCAGGUAUUGUUUGUGUAAUCGAGUCAGUUUUGGGACCAUGAUUCAGUGUGAUAACGUUGAUAAUUGCAAGCAGGAGUGGUUCCACCUUGAGUGUGUCGGGCUGUCGGACAUACCGGCGCGGACGACAAAAUGGUAUUGUCCGGAUUGCAGGAAGCUCCUGAACAUCGGCGAGAAGGGUGAGGUUAGCGCCAGGGGCAUCAAGGCUUGAUUGCGACUGUUCUUCGCUCUUUUCAUUUCUCCCUCGGAAGCGGUGUGAUUUUGCCCUUAUUCUCUGUUUAGUCCGUGUUUCUGCUUCACAUUGUUGUUGCUUCAAUGGUUGGCUUCAAUUAGAGUCUGGGAUUGGGACAUUCUUCGGAGAAACUUGAAGUGUAACUAUAGAGUUCAGAGCGGUUGGUCAGUCCAUGGCUGGUUCAAGAAGGUUGGAGGUGGUCCAUCGUGCUUUCGAGUUAGACAUGAUGUGUAAGGUACCGUAUUUGUCGGUGUUGGUUGUCUAGGCUGAUUGUAGCGUGUACAAUGCAGGCAUGCGUAUGGUGCAUCCGUGGGCAGAUACAAUACUGC